AUGUCCGAAGGGUGUGCAGAUUCAGCUCGAACGAAACUAGAAGCAAGUAAAGACAAAGAUGCAGUUUCCAAAGAAAAAGAAGCAGAAGGCAUAGAUGUGGUUUCAGAAGAAAAGCAAACUGAAGACAAGGAUGAGGUUCCAACAAAAACAGUAACAAAAGAAACAGAAACUCAAGACGUCGACGCGGUUCCAGUUGAGAAAAAUGGAAACGGCCAAGAGAGAAUUCCAACAAAAACAAAUAUAAAAGGUGAAGGAACAGAAACUAAAGUUGAUGAAAAGAUCAAGAAGCAGUUAUGCGAAGUUAUUAUGGACGGGAGUGUGUGGGAUCUGCACGUAAUACUAUUUGGCAAUAAACACGUACUAACACAGGAAAUCAACAGUGAUGGUAACAUGCCACUUCAUAUAGCUGUCGGAAUAGGUAAGAACCGUAUGGUCAGUGAAAUGUUACGGUUAAUCAAAGUUGAACAAUUACUUGAAAUGAAAAAUAAGAAUGGAAGCACAGCCCUUCACAUUGCUGCAAUAGUCGGCAAUACAGAAGCAGCAAAGCUCUUGAUUAAAAGAAACAUAAAGUUGUUGGUAACAAAAGACCUUAAAGGCGAAACACCUUUGGAUAAAGCUUUUGACAAUAUGCAUCUCGAUACCGUUGAAUAUUUGUUGAAAGCCGCCAAGGGGGAUGAGAAACCGGAGAAAAAUACUUCUAGAAUAGGCGUCGAACUUCUUGUUAAUGCUGUUUCUUCAAAGCAGUAUGAUUUAGCAAUAAAGUUGGUCGAAGAUUAUCCUGAAUUUGUUGUAGAGAAUGAUAAUGUACUGAUGGCAAUAGCUAGAACCUUUCCCAGCGGGCUAGACUAUGGAGAAACACUUAUAUAUCCAGUUUUGGACAAUAUUUGUACAAAGAUUGUGGAAAGAGCUAAGUGCCUGCUAUUAAUAUUAGUAAGCCCAUAUUUCGUUUGCAAGCAAAUCCUGGAGGACGAAAAAGUGAUAUAUUUUAUUUUACUACUGGUACUAUUCAUCAUUUUAGGUGUUCCACUGCUCAUGCUUAUAUGGAUCUAUGUGUUGAUGCGCCUCCUCAUAUUGAUUGUUUAUUUCCCAUUCUUUAUGUUUUAUUUCAGCUUGUGGAAGGUUGCAGCAAUAUUCGAUCGCUAUGCUCAUUCUCACUAUUACACCGGACCCAUUCUAGAGGCUGCUCGUCAAAAUGCUUAUGAGGUUGUUGAUGAGAUUUUAUCGAGAUCCCCUGAAGCAAUUCGGUAUAAAGAUGAACAAGGGUAUGACAUUAUACAGUUAGCAGUAAUACAUCGUUCAGAAAAGAUUUACAACCUUAUUUAUCUCAUGGAGGAGCGUAAGAGCAUUUAUGGAACACUCGAAGAUUCAUCAAAGAACAAUAUGUUGCACUUGGCUGGAAGAUUAGCUCCUUCCCAGAAGCUCAAACGCAGUAUAGGUGCAGCAUUUCAACUACAAAGAGAGCUUCAAUGGCGAAAGGAAGUCAAGAAACUCGUUUUUCCAGCAUACAUUACCAAAGAGAACAUUUUUAAGGAGACACCAGAUAUGGUGUUCACACGGGAACAUGAGAAUUUGGUGAAGGAAGGAGAGAAGUGGAUGAAAGCUGUAGCAGAAUCAUGCAGCAUCACCGCAGGACUAAUUACCACAAUAGUGUUUGCAGCAGCCAUUACGGUGCCAGAUGCCAUGUCACUAUUUGCAUCCAGUACAGCAUUACUAAUGUUCUUGUCGAUCCUCACCGGACGUUUUUCUGAGCAAGAUUUCCUACACCGUUUGCCAAGAAGAAUGAUUAUUGGUCUUGUCACCUUGCUCCUAUCUACAACUGCAAUGAUGGUGGCCUUCGGCACAAACAUUGUACCUUGUCUUUGUUAUAAAAGACCAUGGAUGGUUGCUCCAAUUUGUGUAUUAGCUUUCCUCCCAAUUGCAGCGUUUAGUACUCUUCAGAUCCCCAUUAUAGUUGAUCUAUUUCGGUCGACAUAUGCACGCAUCUUUGGCAAGCCAAGCAACAAUAGCAGCAUAGGAUUUAUCCGAAUGAUAUCCGGUUGUAUUUUGGCAAGUGACACUGAGCAUGCAUCUUGGAUUAAGCAUUCUCUUUUACUUCCCAAAGGGUAA